AUGGUACCUUUCACGACGGACAACGUAUUUUCUCCUCCACCAUCCUUCAACUUCGCCACAGACGUGGUGGAUGGAUGGGCUCGCAAAGACCCCAGUCUGCUUGCACUACAAUGGAUUGACGACGACGUGUCCAAGCCUUUGAGCUUCACUUACGAACACUUCAGCCGACAGAGCUGCAAAGCCGCCAGAUUACUUUUGGCUCUUGGUGCUAAGCCGGGAGAUCGCGUCAUGAUUAUUCUCAAUCGCGUUCCAGCCUGGUGGGAAAUUGCCACUGCUGUCCUCCGUGCUGGAUUGGUUCUCUGCCCGUGCACUACACUGGCCACCACAAAAGAUAUCGAGUACCGCUUGCAAACCUCUGGGGCUUCCAUUCUGAUAGGCAAUGAAGAAUCGCUGCGCAAGGUUGCGAACCUGCGAUCAUCUUGCCCCGAUCUUCGGGUUGUGCUUCAAGCAUCUGGUGAUAGUAUACCUGGUGUCCCACAGUAUUCCACGGAGGUGGAGCGUCACAGUUCAGAGCAUCUCGUCGGAGUUCGUACAAGAGCAGAUGAUCCGGCUUUGAUUUAUUUUACGUCCGGAACGACAGGGCUCCCGAAAAUGGUCGUUCAUACGCAUGUUUCUUACCCACUAGCACAUUUACUUACUGGUAUUCACUGGUUGAAUUUGUCUGCCGGCAAGCUUGCUUGGACGCUAGCAGAGCAAGGCUGGGCCAAAGCGGCUUGGUCAUGGUUUUCGACGUGGAACACUGGCGCUACUCUAUUCGUCCAGGACAGCAAUAAACCCUUUUCUCCAACAUCGACACUGGAUGUUCUACACAAAUUCCCCAUUACAACAUUCUGCGCUCCACCUACUGCAUAUCGACAAUUAGUCACCGCUCAGUCACAGGCUCACUUUGCGACACAUAGGCCUCGUGCUCUCCAGACAUGCGUCGGGGCUGGCGAGCCCCUGAAUCCUGGAGUGAUAGAGGCUUGGAAGGAAAUGGCAGGAAUCGAGAUUAGGGACGGUUACGGGCAGACCGAGACCAUUCUGGUAGCGGGCAAUUGUGCCGGCGUCCAGACCAGAGUUGGAAGUAUGGGAAAAGCUAUCCCUGGUAUUCCGUUGCACGUUAUCGACGAAGACGGGGGCAUCGCCGAUGCCGGUGUAGAGGGCGAUCUUGCAGUCCUUGCUGUCGAUGAGAAUGGCGCACAAAGCGCCUUCAUUUACAAGGGCUACGUUUCGUCAAAAGGAGAGCUUUCCAGGAAAUCCCGGCCGCGGAGGGACGCCAAUGGGGCCGUCUCUGGCGAAUGGCAUCUCUCUGGCGACAGAGCAUAUCAAGACGGGGACGGCUACUUUUGGUUUGUCGGGAGAUCUGACGAUGUGAUCAACUCCAGUGGCUAUCGAAUAGGUAAGGGUGUAUCUCCUUCCCACGCCCUCCAGGAUUCGACUCAGUACGUGGCUUAUUCACAACUUCCUUGGCUGACCUUUGUGGACGCGACAGGCCCAUUCGAAGUUGAGUCAACCCUGAAGCUCCAUCCUGCAGUCGUGGAGUCGGCGGUUGUCGGAGUUCCAGACGCGGCCAGGGGAGAAAUCGUCAAGGCUUACGUUGUGCUCGAUCCUUCUUUCGCCAGUCGCGACCACGCUUCGCUCGCGCGAGAGUUGCAGGAGCAUUGCAAACGAGAAGCCGCUCCUUACAAGUACCCGCGAAGCAUCCAGUUUGUGGCGCCUCAUUGGCUUCCGAAGACGACCAGUGGGAAAAUCAGACGAGGCGAGAUCCGCAAGUGGGAGAAGGCUGCGGCCGCUUCGUCAAGCAAGAUCUGA